AUGACGACCUGUGCCCUGCCCCAGUGUGGCAAGGACACCGAGCUGCAACUCAAAUGUCCCGUGUGUCUCAAGGAAGACAAGGUGCUGGUGUUCUGUGACCAGCUGUGUUUCCGCAACGGGUGGGCGGUGCACAAGGCCAUCCACAAGGCCGACGACGGCCUGGACAAUUAUAACCCGUUCCCCAACUACCUGUUCACUGGCGAAUUGCGUCCGGUGUACCCGUUGCUGGAGCGUCGUCAGCUCCCCAAACACAUCAAGCGGCCCGACUACGCGUUGGACGGCAAACCGUUGCUGGAGAUCAAGAACGACAGAUUGGGCAAAAUCGUCGUCCACCCGCCCAAGACGCUUGAAAAACUCCGCAAGUGUUGUAAAGUGGCCAGAGAAGUGUUGGACGCUACCGCCGCUCACGUGGCCCCCGGUAUUACCACGGAUGAGCUCGAUGCCAUCUUACACAAAGAAUGCCUCAAACGCAACGCCUACCCGUCCCCACUCAACUAUUACAACUUCCCUAAGCUGUUGUGCACCUCGGUAAACGAAGUGAUCUGCCACGGGAUCCCUGACGGCUAUACUCUUCAAGAUGGCGACAUCAUCAACUUGGACGUUACCAUCUUCUAUUUGGGCGUCCACGCCGACUUGAACGAGACUUAUUACGUCGGUGAUAAGGCUAAGUGUGACCCUGAUACUGUCCGCUUGGUGGAAACCACCAGAGAGUGUUUGGAUAAGGCGAUCGCCAUGGUUAAGCCUGGGGUGGCCUACCGCGACUUCGGUGAAGUUAUUGAAAAACACGCCCACGCUAACGGCUGUUCGGUGGUGCGUACCUACUGUGGCCACGGCAUUGGUGAGUUGUUCCACUCGCAACCUAACGUGCCCCAUUACCUGAAGAAUAAGGCCGUGGGCAUCUGUAAACCCGGCCACGUUUUCACCAUUGAGCCGAUGAUCUGCUUGGGGACGUGGCGUGACCAGACGUGGCCCGAUAACUGGACUUCCGUCACGCAAGACGGGAAGUACUCGGCUCAAUUUGAGCACCAAUUAUUGGUCACCGAGGACGGGGUCGAAGUGUUGACUGCGAGAACAGAAAAGUCGCCCGGUGGCGCCAUUCCUAGACUCGAAGCCAAGACCGAGAAUUAG